UAUACUCCUAAUAUAUUACAUAAUAUAAUAUUACAUGUAAUAUAUCCUCUGCCAGUACUGAAUUCUAUAGUUUACGUCACGUAUACUAUAGAUUUUCAGCUGGCUGUAAAUUUACACGCAUAACAUAACCACUUUCUUCUGUUAGAGAGUGAAAAUUGAAUAAUAAAAGAUUUUUAUAAUUUUAUCUACAUUAUAAUGACCGGGAAUGAUGUCAAACAGGCUCUCAAAAAGUUGGAAUUUCCUUAUUGCGCCAGAGAAGCUCUAUGCAGAAUUGAAAUACUCUGCUGCAGACCUGGUAAACAAGUUGAUCUGCAAAUGGACUUGAUAUCGGAGUUUGUAUUUGGGGAGCUAGAGAAGCGGAAGAAACGUAACAUGACUAUGGCAAUACAAGAAUUGCAGUUGAUAGAGAUUAUGAGCGACUUCUUUCAAAGUCCAGGUGGUACUCCUGCAGUACGCAAUGCUCUCUUUCUAUCGCUGUUUCCAGCAGACAGUCCCAGAUAUAAGACUUUAGGUAACCUGGUAUCUUUGGCAAUUGCCACGCAAAACAAAGCGGUUCUAAAUGCAGCUGGCAUUUGGAUGCAGCAAUUGGGCUCCACCUCGUUGCAAAGUGUGGGACUGGCAAGGCAUAUACUCAACGACUAUUUCGUACUUACUCCAAAAUCCAUUGAUAAGCUGAAGCAGUUACCUGUACUAACACCACAUUUUACUGCAAACUUAUUAACAGCGAUAGGUGAAGUUUAUCAAGAUAAAGAUCCUCCUGUGGAGCUGCUGAGAUUAGUAGGCGAAUGGAUUGAUGAGAAUCCAAGUUUAUUGUUGACUCCCUUAAUAGAUAAUCUAGCAUUGCCCACUGGUGGAAUUCCAAUGACACCGAUAACACCUAUAGCAGGUCUCUUCAGGUGGUGCAUAUUGAGUCCUCUGCGUUAUGUGGAAAAUACAGAAAGUCAAGAAGAAACGCGAAAAUUUUAUUCCAAGGUUCAACAGUUGCUCAUGGAUUCGGUAUUACGUCUGAAUAAUAGCGGUAGCAAUAAGCACGCGAUAUCGGCUCAGCAUUUGGCAUCCACUACUCGUUCAUUGAUGGCGAACUUACAAAAUCGCACCAAUAUAGACACGGCUUUGCGUGACUUAGCCAUGGAGCGAUUAGCGCAAGCCGUCAGCGCGGCUAUGUCUGCAAACUGUAUUUAUGGAAAUAAACAGGAACUAUUAGCACUUCUGCAACCAUUAUCGUAUCAGCAUUUCUUAAUCGAAUGGACAUUACAAACUUAUGCAACUAAAGCAGCUUGAGACACCCUGAUGAAUAUUUCAGUAAUGACUUGGUAAUUACUAUUUGUACAUAAUUAUUAUUUAA